CCUCCUCGACGCUGUGCUUGACGAUGGCGGCGCAACCGAACGGAACGGCCGACGCGCCAAUUGAGGUCUCCUCUAUCCCCACCGUCGUGGGCAUCAACUUCGGCAACUCCUACGCGUCUAUCGCAGUACUGGCGAAGGAAGGGUCGGCAGAUUGCAUUGCCAAUGAAGAUGGAGAACGUCAGAUCGCUUGCGCUGUGGCUUUCCUUGGCGAGGAAGUGUACAUAGGCAACCAGGCUAAGCCACAGCUGGUCAAGAAUUCGCACAACACGAUUAUGGGUUUCCGUAACCUCCUUGGCAAGAAGUUCUCUGAGAUACCUCAAGACAAGCCCAUCACUUCUGCUCCUGUCAUCCAACACCCGGAGCAGCCAGACGUCCCUGCUUACAAAGUCCAGGUGUUGCAGGCCGCCCCUUCGCCUCUCCCCAAGUCAACGACUACAACGCCUGCUGCCUCUAACACCGCUACUCCGCGCUCGGAGCCGGUCCCUGCAGAACGCAUUCUGACCGUGUUGGAGGUCACCACGCUUUUUCUCAAGUCCCUCGUGCAAUCCGCAGAGGACUUCCUCGGCCGGAAGGUUCAGGGUGCUGUCAUCAGUGUUCCUACCUGGUUCGACAGCAUUCAGCGUAACGCCCUGCAAAAAGCCGCAGAAGAUGCUGGCAUCCGCGUCCUUCAGCUGCUCGAGGUCGCAGGUGCUGCGGCAUUGAUCACCACCACAGGUCUCACCCCCAAGGAGCUUAGCCACGACCGCACGCAGCUAGUCGUCGACCUUGGUGCCUCUUCGCUCGAGCUUUCCCUGCUCUCCAUCCGCGAAGGAAUCGCCUUCUCGCUGGCCACGCUCUCGGACCCGACCGUCAGCGGGAACGCGAUCGAUGACAAGCUGAUCAAGUUCUUCGCCAAGGAGUUCACCAAGAAGACCAAGACGCCCUUAACGGUUGCGCCCGCGACGGAGUCGCAGGACAAGCGCGCGGAGGCGAAGCUUCGGCUCGCGGUCGAGCACACGAAGCGCACGCUCUCCGCGUCACCCGGCGCCGCGACGUGCUCCGUCGAAUCGCUCAAGGAUGGGCUUGACUUCACGGGCACGAUCACGCGCCUGCGGUUCGACAUGGAGGUCCGGAGCGUGUACGACCAGGUGUACACCCGCGUGAAGGAGCUCGUGGAGAAGGCCGGCUUGGACCUGUACGAUGUCGACGAGAUCGUGUACGUCGGUGGCUCCACGAGCCUGCCCGGGCUGGACGAGACGCUUGCUCAGGGCUUCCCAGAGUCGAUCGUCACGCCGUUCACUGCUGGCACCGUCAUUGGUGGUGGUGUCGGUGACCCGACGACCAUCAUCUCCCGUGGGUGUGCGCUGCAGGCGAAGCUGGUUGUGGUGCUUCCUGAUGACACUGAUGAUGAACGCGAAAUCCUGGCGUCAUUCACGGACGGCCACAAUUGGACGCAGACGGCGACGUCGAAGACGAUCGGCAUGCUCUUCCCCGAGGAGAACGCCGAGGGCCCGCUUGGUGGCCAGUGGAUACCUGCUGUCCUUCGCGACACCGUCGUGCCGGCGAGGCGACUGUACCGCCUUGACGUCGACCUUGGCGAGGGCGAGGGUGAGAAGAAGGUUGGCUUCGAGGUGUGGGAGGCGAAAGAGGGCGUCAAGAUUGACAGGGUGAAGCCACCUAAAUUGGAUGACGAGGAGGACGCUCCCGCCGACGAUGAAGAGGAGGAGGAGGAAGACAUCGAGGUGAAGGAGAAGACGGUAGAGAAGGAGACUCUACUCACCGCGCUGUCCUUCGCCGCGAAGGAGGCGAGGCAGGUAGAGGGCAGAUGGACGACAACAGUAGAGGCACAGUUCCUCGUGGACCGUACGGGGGGCUUAGAGAUUAGUGCCUGGGAGCUCGGUCCCUCUGGUAAGGGUGAAAAGACGGUUGUCAUCGUCCCCUCUGCAUAGGAUGUAUUCGUAGCACUGCGUACUCUGUCGUGAUCUACGAUGUUGUUCUCUAUGUAGAGCAAGCCUGCCAGUGAAUUUCAAUCUCAGAAAAUGUGCCAACAA